AAACACAGAGAGAGAGAGAGAGAGAGAGUACUUCUAAUGAUCAUUUACAUUUACAUUGCAGCAUUUGGCAGGCACUUUACUUCCAAAGGGACUUACAUUGUAUUGAAGGUAUUUGUCAGUUCUUUCUUUCUCUGGACUGUGAUCUGAUCUGGUUUUUCUCUGAAUAUCAGUGAGACUGAAGUCAAUCCAGAAUGGCGGCCAUCAUCUUCAAAAUCAUCACUCUGUGUAUGAUCUCAGGUAAGGUCCUCUGUUUCAAAGUGACCGGCUGCAGUGGAGGGAGUGUAAUGUUCAACUGCACAUACAAGUCUAAUGAUCAGCAUAAAGGAAAGUAUUUCUGCAGUGACAGAGACUGUAGGACGGGCAUCAGUACUGAGACUCAGCGCAGCUGGGUUUAUAAAGGGAGAUUCUCUCUGUAUGACGAUGAAGACAGCAGAUUCUUCACAGUGUUCAUCAGGAACCUCGGCAUAGAGGAUAAGGGGAAAUAUACAUGUGGAAACAAUCAGACAUGGAGACAUAAUAUUACAUUAGUGGUGAACAAAACCUCUUCUUCUUGUGGGACGUCAGUUCUCCAGACUGCAUAUAAAGGACAAACAAUCACUUUCCACUGUGAAUAUAAUCAUACGUUUCAAACACACACCAAACUCUUGUACAGAGUGAACAGAGAUCCUGUGCUUGUGCUGAACAGCUCACAGUCCUCACAAUCAUCUGAGAAGAAGUUCAUCCUGUCUGACAGUCACAAAGACCAUUUUAAUGUGACCAUCAGAGACAUUUCUGCAGCAGAUGAUGGAGUUUAUCUGUGUGGAGUGGAGAUAUAUGGACCUUCAAAAAAGAUAACUCACAUCACCUUCAUUAAAGAGAUUCAUCUGAAUGUUUCUGGCUUUCCUGUGACAGCUGUGGUUUCUGUGGGUUUGGUCCGGCUGGCUCUGUGUCUUGUGCUCAUGUUGCUCAAAGUUAAACACAGAAGGAAACAUGAUGUCAUCUCAUCAGACAGAAGAGAGACAGGAGAUCAUGAAACGGAACAAGAAGAGAUUCAAGUCUCAGAUCCUGGAUCAACUCCUCUUUAUUCCACAGUUCAGUUACCCACAAUCCCCUCUGAUGAGCUCCUGUACACUGCUGUCAGUUUCCAGAAGCAUGAAGAGUCUCUCAGUGAAGCUACAGUCAGAUUCAGUGAAGAGGAGAUUCACUGUGAAUACACAUCUGUCAAUUACAGCAUCACACCAAAUUAAUAUUUCCAGUGUAUUUUGUUUUUAUACUCAAUUUGAAUUGUGUCAUUCACUGAGAAUAGACUGAAUGACACAUUUGAAUCAGUUGUGUGAGCAGUUUUUGACACCUACAGGUCAGUGUUGAGAAAGAAGCUGAAAUGUUUCUCUGUGGCCAAAAACAAGAUUAACUUCUGUGUGAAACGUUGAACUGAAGACAAAACACCUUCAGUCUUUGUAAGCAUCAGUUUGCCAGAAGUUAUAUAUAUAUAAAAUGCACAAAUCAUAUACUUCUAAUCGCCUUUCUUUUUCUUCUUCUUCACUGUGGAAACACACAUAGCCUUGAAUACAGCUGGUGUCUAUUAAUGUUAUUUACUCCUUAAGUAAUAGUGCUUUUGUUUUGUAUUAAAGAUAUUAAGUUAAUUAAGUCUGUAGGUGAUGAUAUUUGUUAUGAGCACACACUAACAGCUAUAUAAUUAAACUAUGGAUGAGAAGUAUUACAGCAAAUACAAAAAUAAUGAAGAAUGCAGUUGCCAGCAGAGAGAGAUGUGUUGAAGACAAGCACAAAUGAUCAAGAAGAAUAUCUAACAUAUUAAGGUAAUAAUAUAUUAUAUUAAAGCGUUCCUGUGGCUCAGUGGUAGAGCAUUGCGUUAGCAGAGAAAGGUUGUGGGCUUGAUUCCCAGGGAACACAUAUUAGGGAAAAAAAUGUUAGCCUGAAUGCACUGUAAGUCGCUUGCAAUAGGCCCCAGAGUCUGCAGCUUCAUAAUAUUGGAUAAAACUGUCUGAUGAAUGCAUUAAUUUAAUUUUAAGGAAGACAAAAUAAAUGCUUUAUAACUACAUGCUUACAAUGCUUAUUUUCCUAUUCUUUCACUUUCGUUUUUAACUCAUAUGAGGCUCAUAUUAAGGACAAUCACACUCCCUCUAGUGGCUAAGAGCAGCAUCACAUAUCAGAAACUGUGUGGUUUAAUAAGGUUAAUGCUUAAUA